GAUCAAAAAACCGUUUAGGGUUCAGUAAUAGGGUUUAAGGGUUUUCUGUUUUCCCAUUUUCCCUUACAGGCUGACACUUUCACAUUCAUUCUCAGGGAUAUAUGGUAAGACCUCAAUUUUGUCUUCAAAUUUCGUUCAAAUUUUCAGUUCAACUUAAGUUUUGAAUAACUAUUCGAAGAAUUUUCUCGUACAGAUGCAAAAUAUCUGAUGCAUCAACGUAUAGUAAUUUCCAGUCACCGGGUACUGAAAAUUACUUCAGUUUUUUCACCAAAAAUUAGUGCUUUAUUUAUCCCACAAUUGAAUAUUUGUAACCCUAGAAAUAAUGUGUUCACUGUAUUUAGUGCAUAUAUGUACACUUCCACAUACAAUAAUAGGAGAGCACCGGACCCGAAUGAUCCGGCCACCUUAAUGAAAGAAGAUGGUAUAUCACUUUGUUGUAGAAUGUGGAUUGAUAGUUUUCGAGAAUCCGAUAAAACAGUGACUAAUUUAACUGAUUAUUUAAGGAGAUUUGAAUUGUGGGUAUUGGCUUAUCAAAAGGUUUCUGCUGAUGAUACGGGUGCGUAUAUGCCCCGGAGCGCGAUAACGCGUUCAGCACUUGAGGAUUUGUUGGCCUUGAGAAAUGCAGUUCUUGAUAAUAGGUUUAAGUGGGGGGCUAGGUUGGAGUUUUUCAUUAAGUCUCCGAGGGAUAAGACGGAUUAUGAGUCGCUGUCGAAGAGGAAGAUUAAAGCUAUCUUGACUACGACACAGCCGAGCCCGUUUCAAGAUAGGGUUGUUCAGGAAGUGCUGUUUAUGAUACUGGAGCCAGUUUAUGAGGCUCGGUUUUCGCAAAAGUCAUUCGCUUUUCGACCUGGAAGGACUGCGCACACGGCUUUGAGGGUUAUUAGGAGAAGUUUUGCGGGGUAUUUGUGGUAUAUAAAGGGAGAUUUAAGUACGGUUUUGGACGGGAUGAAGGUUGGGAUGGUGAUUAGUGCGCUGAUGAGGGAUGUACGUGAUAAGAAGGUAGUUGAUUUGAUAAAGGCUGCGUUAACUACUCCUGUUGUAACUAGCAGACCUGAUGAUGGCGAGAAAAAGAAGAAGACGAAAAGAAAGUAUCAGAAAAAGAGAGUCCUAGCAGAUGAUGAGCCGAAGCCUGAUCCAUAUUGGCUGGAAUCGUUCUUUGGGUUUGCUCCAGAGGAGGCCGCGAAAGUUCCUUCAUGGGGU